AUGGCCACUCACCCACCCACCCCCGAGAUUACCCUCUACUUCGACCUCGUCAGCCCAUUCAGCUACAUCGCAUUCCAAGUUCUGAAGAAGUCCCCAAUCUUCCAAUCCUGCAAAAUAACCUACACCCCCGUCUCAUUGCGCACCAUCCUCACCACCUGCGGAAACCCCCCACCGAUCGCGGUCAAAAACAAACUAACCUACAUCAACCGCCACCGCCUCGCCUGGUCCCGUCGUCUCAACAUUCCCAUGACCCAAGCCGUGCCCACGGGUUUCCCCUUCCCGACUACAGAUAUCCAAUCUCUCCUUGCACUCGUUGCUGUGUCCCAUCCGGAGAAAGUGGUCGAGAUAGUGGAGCGACUGUAUACCUUUGUCUGGGCGGACGGUGACUCGGCUUCUGUUACGGACUCUGAGAGGUACAAAAAGGUCCUCGAAGAGGUGUUGAGCGACGAUGUGGUGGAGGGGCUGCUGGAUGGGGAGAAACAAACUGAAGGCAAGACUCUGUUAGAGGCGAAUACGCAUCGAGCGAUUGAGGAGGGGGCUUUUGGAUUGCCGUGGCUGGCGUGCACAAGUCCUGCCGGGGAGAAGGAGGGGUUCUGGGGUGUGGAUCAUUUGGGACUGGCGGCGGAGUUUCUGGAGUUGGAUGUUGGGAUGGAGGGUGGGUUCCGGGUUAUGAUGAAGUGAUUGAGUUCACUCUCGGGAUAGAUGAAGAGCUCGCGAGUUGCUCCUCUCUCAGGUGAGAUUCUCUCGUGGUGAAUGCUAGAUAGACAGACAUAGAUCGUAGAUAGAUAAUGUAUAAUAUGGGAGCUCAGCCGGAUGGCUGCUAGCUUUUCCUGCG